GCUAACCCUGCUCCCAUUAUCGUGAAUACAGACUCGCUGGAACAAGGGCUCUCUAUGAAUGGCAGCGAUGGGAUGUUUAAAUAUGAGGAGAUCGUCUUGGAAAGGGGUAACUCCGGCCUCGGCUUCAGCAUAGCAGGAGGAAUUGACAAUCCCCAUGUUCCAGAUGACCCAGGUAUCUUCAUCACCAAGAUCAUCCCCGGGGGAGCAGCAGCCAUGGAUGGCCGUCUAGGGGUGAAUGACUGCGUGCUGCGGGUGAACGACGUGGACGUCUCCGAGGUUGUGCACAGCAAGGCUGUGGAGGCCCUGAAGGAAGCAGGCCCCGUGGUGCGGCUUCCCCCGCCAGAGACCAUCAUGGAGGUUAACCUGAUGAAGGGCCCCAAAGGCCUGGGGUUCAGCAUUGCAGGGGGCAUCGGCAACCAGCACAUCCCUGGGGACAACAGCAUCUACAUCACCAAGAUCAUCGAGGGAGGUGCUGCCCAGAAGGACGGCCGCCUGCAGAUCGGGGACCGGCUGCUUGCGGUGAAUAACACGAACCUGCAGGACGUGCGGCACGAGGAGGCAGUGGCCGCCCUGAAGAACACCUCUGACAUGGUGUACCUGAAAGUGGCCAAGCCUGGCAACAUCCACCUCAACGACAUGUACGCGCCCCCCGACUACGCCAGCACCUUCUCAGCCUUGGCUGACAACCACAUAAGCCAUAACUCCAGUCUGGGCUACCUGGGCAGUGUUGAGAGCAAGCCUGCCUAUCCCAUCCCUCCCCAGGUGACUCCAUCCCGGUACUCGCCUAUCCCUCGGCACAUGAUUGGGGACGAGGACUUCACCAGGGAGCCCCGGAAAAUCAUCCUGCACAAAGGCUCCACUGGCCUGGGCUUCAACAUUGUUGGAGGAGAAGAUGGCGAGGGCAUCUUUGUGUCCUUCAUCCUGGCUGGAGGCCCUGCUGACCUCAGUGGGGAGCUGCGGAGGGGAGACCGCAUCCUCUCGGUGAACGGCGUGAACCUC